GGGAAGAGUUUUACUACGCAGAGUAAUCUCCAACAACACCAGCGUAUUCACACAGGAGAGAAGCCAUAUCACUGCUCAGAGUGUGGGAAGAGUUUUACUACGCAGAGUCAUCUCCAACGACACCAGCGCAUUCACACAGGAGAGAAGCCAUAUCACUGCUCAGAGUGUGGGAAGAGUUUUGCUCAACAGGGUACCCUUCAAAAACACCAGCGCAUUCAUACAGGAGAGAAGCCAUAUCACUGCUUAGAGUGUGGAAGCAGUUUUUCUCAACAGAAUACGCUCCAAAAACACCAGCGCAUUCACACAGGAGAGAAGCCAUAUCACUGCUCAGAGUGUGGAAAGAGUUUUGCUCAACAGGGUAACCUUCAAAAACACCAGCGUAUUCACACAGGAGAGAAACCGUAUCACUGCUCAGAGUGUGGAAAAAGUUUUGCUCAACAGGGUAACCUUCAAAAACACCAGCGCAUUCACACAGGAGAGAAGCCAUAUCACUGCUCAGAGUGUGGAAAGAGUUUUGCUCAACAGGGUAACCUUCAAAAACACCAGCGUAUUCACACAGGAGAGAAACCGUAUCACUGCUCAGAGUGUGGAAAAAGUUUUGCUCAACAGGGUAACCUUCAAAAACACCAGCGUAUUCACACAGGAGAGAAAUCAUAUUACUGCUCAGAGUGUAGAAAGAGUUUUGCUGAACAUAGUACCCUUCAAAACCACCAGCGUAUUCGCACAGGAGAGAAACCGUAUCACUGCUCAGUGUGUGGAAAGAUUUUUGCUCAUGAAAAUAAUCUCAAACGGCAUCAGCAUAUU